CUAAACUGAUGCAAAUUGAAACUGAUAAAAAUAAAAAACUCAUAUGGCCAUCCUAGCGCUAAGCCUCUAAUCACAUUAGGAACGUUUACUUAUAAUCUAACUGUUCGGUAAAAUUGAUCAAAAUUGUAAUUUUUCCAUCUUCAUUGCAAGAACAAAAAAAGCACAAAGAAAAGAGAAGGGAAAGAGGCCAGAGGCACUGCACUGUUGAUCUUUGGACAUUCUGAUCACUACAUUUCCAAGGAAGCCAUGGCUGAACCUCCACCGCCGUCGACGCCAGUCUCCACCAUUGCCUCAUCCCCGCCAAGUUACAUUCACCCGCGGCGGGAGCCCUUUGAGCACGGCCUUCUCCCAAUACCCAAGCUGAUCUUCACAGACGGCACUCAAACCCUAGGCCCGAUCAAGGAUAAGCUGCUAUCCCUAUCUGCAGAAACAGCGUACCGUGUCAACUCCCAAUCCAUUGCCGAAACUCUUCAGAUCUCACCUGAUCACGCGCGCCUUGUUCUUGAGACAAUUGCUGCGGUCCUACACAACGAAUCUGACCCACUUGUUUCUGCAAAUCCAUCUGAGAUUGAUUCCGUUGGCGUAAGCGUAUUCGAUUUGGUGGUGUUUCUCUACAUUCAGAGUUAUAAGAGGUUGCUUCCCAAGGGGCAUAAGGACUCCGCUGCAGUGGCUGAUGUUUGGCCCUCCACUUCAGCAUUCGAUGGUUUCUUAUCUGCUCUGUCGCCACUCCAACUAGUACGCAGCAAUAGUCGUAGGUUCAUGCCAUCACAAUCCGAUGAAGAGGCUCAUCAGUUAUCCUAUUUACAGAAGCACUUGGGCAACAUUCUCUCUCUUUUGGUAGACUCAGUUGAAGGAGAGGCUGAAGAAUCACUGGUUUUGUCUAUGGAGAAAUUUGAGCAUCUUGGGUAUCUAAUCUAUUUUGGAGAUAAGGGACUUGAACGGAUUCCAUUGAGUCAAAGUGCUCCCUUUUUUGCAAAUUCUGAUCCAGACAUGCCCGCUGUUCCUGUUCCUGCAGCCCAAGUUCAUGAGUGGCUUUUACAAAACAUUGCUUCUGCUUUGGAACAUAUUGCUGAGAGAGCUUCUGCCAAGGAAAAUGGGCCUUCCAAUUUCUCUGAUCAGGAUAUUCAAAUGACUGAUGUCUCUACAAGUCCAGCAAAGACCACAUCUGGUCCCCGGGGUCCUAGUAUUAUUGAGGGGAUCUCAAAAUCAUCUUAUGUAAGGCAGGCAAAUGAUCUUAAAGUCUCUUCUGUAAAAGUUGUGAACUGCCAUGAAUCAGUCAUUUAUAUACUGGCUCCAUUGAGAUAUGCAACAAUCUAUGGAUGUUCUGAUGCAACAAUUGUCCUCGGAGCUGUUGGCAAGGCAGUCAGAGUUGAACAUUGUGAACGAGUACACGUGAUUGUGGCAGCUAAACGCAUCUGUAUUGUCAAUUGUCGUGAAUGUGUGUUCUUUUUAGGAGUAAAUCAACAACCACUUAUUGUUGGUGAUAACCAUAAAUUACAGGUGGCUCCGUUCAACACAGUUUACUCACAGUUAGAAGAGCACAUGAAACAAGUUGGUAUCUACCCUACCAUUAACAAAUGGGAUGAACCUGUGGCACUUGGAGUGGUUGACCCACAUGACUCGCUAUCACAUCCUGCUGGCGUCUCGGAUGUUCAGACUGAGUCCGCUAACCGUUUAGACCCUGAUCAAUUCACUGACUUUUUGAUUCCUAAUUGGUUUGAAGCCCAACAAUCUGGUCCGACAAAAGACAACCCCUUUCCUUUACCAGAUGCUUAUAUGGCUUCUCAGCAGAAAAAUCAAAAGAAUCUUAGUGAGGUUAAGCAAAUUUUGAGGGAAACUGAGCUUGAAGACGGCCGGAAACGGGAAUUGUCUAGUUCUCUUCAUGUGCUGUUUAAGGAAUGGUUAUAUGCCUCAGGGAAUGUGAGGCAACUGUACUGCUUACAAGGAGAAUAGACUUACUUGAUAAUACGGGAAUUUUGGAAAGAAGGCUUGUGGGGCCGUUAGCACUUUCAGCACACUCACCAUCUUUGAGCACCACUCCCCUGCAAGGCAUUGCAACAAAGGUUUUGAAAUUAUCGAGCCAUGCAUCUGCCACUGACUUCUUGCUAUGGUUUUUUCGAAAGUAGUAGUAAAAGUGUUCUGAAUGUUAUUUUUGAUAGUUUUGAACUGAUACUCAUCCAAGCAUUAGAUUUGUCAAAUACAUGUCUCAUCGGUGAGAAGCUAAGGCAACGCAAGGCAAGCAGAAGUGCUUAAGUGGUUUUGUCAUCCACUAAGUAAAAAGAUCUUGUUGUAUCAUUUGUAGUUCCGUUUGGCCAUUGUUGUUGCUGCUAAUGCUUGGCUUUCUCAAUGUUUUCAAUGUUAAAGCUUGUGCAAUUUCCUUGUAUCUAAUAAAUUUCAACUUGAUGUUCCAUUAGCUAUGAAUUAAUGGUCAGAUAGCCUUUGCCCGUAGUCCUCUACGCCUUUACAUCUGAAAACAACUCUAUCUUGCUCAUUUACAGUUGGAUGUAAACAUAUUGGUUUAUACUC